AUGAAUGGAUGGAGGAAUAAAAAGGGAUUUUUUUUCGACUUGACGAAAUGCUCAGAUGAUGAGCGCCCUAUAAUGCUGGAAUUGUCGGCGGCAAUGUGCCGAGUGAUGAUGCGUCUUUUUGCUUUGCUUUCUUUAUUUGUCUUUGCACCUCGUUCUGCUUUCUUCUCUCACUCUAUGGUUGCAGCUGUUGCCAGAAGGAAAUUUACAAUGUGUUUGUUUGGCAUCGUUGAUGCGGUUGAGGACUUUUUUAAGAGUGUUGUGGCGUGUGCCUGCUGCCUCAUCAUCGGUGGCCCUGCGCUCAUCAUCGCGGGCAGCAUACUUCUCAAUCAAAAGGACCUUCGAAAAGCUUUCAGAGAUGCCGUGAAUGAAUUUGACCCCACACCCAUGAACGAUUGGACUGGGACCAUCAACAAAGUGCCGAUUACUGUGAGACGCGAGUCGCUAAAUGUCAAGGGUGUGGACGGGGCCACUUCUGUCUUUGCGGAGGCUGUUGUUCCUGUUUCUGAGAAUUUUUUAUCAGAGUUUCCAGUUUCCGUGAAUGUUAGCGCCGUGACCCCUUUUAUUCGCAUGGCCCCCUUCAAUAUUAUGAGAAACUCUACAUACUUCUGUUUUUCAAGUGACUGCAUAGACGGAAAGGAUUGCAAGUGCAAACGCGAUGUCCGCAGUUUUGGGGAGAAAUGUACCGCCAGGGGCGGAAGUUACAACCAAACACCCACGUGGUGUAAGGCGGGCAAUAUUUGCGGUGAGUGUCUGGAGACUCUGUACCUCAGGAAAUUGUACCUUGUUGUUCGUGAGGUCAGCAACGGAAAAUACGCCGAGGACACCAAUCUCCGAAGUGCCAUGUACGCCUUUGGCGAUCUUGAUAACGAUUACCAGCCUGGAGUACCGAGCACCGUUACAGUGCGCCUGUACAGCAGCAAGGAUCCUUACAUCGCCCUGCAGCGGUUAACAAAGGGAACCAAUGAUUUGGGUUUGAAUUCGCGCACCGUGGGUAUUGUGCUGAUUGUUCUUGGGUGCCUGUUCUUGCUGCUGGAAAUUGGUGUCUGCACAGCACUAAUUUGCUACUGGAUGCGACCAAAAAAGACUUCAUCAGGCGCCCCGCCCUAUUUGGCUCCUGCAUCUCAAGGAAUAUCAACGUCGGGUGCAUCCGGUAACGCCGCACCGAAUUUUUAUGCACAGCCAGCACAGCAAACGGGACAGGGAUACAAAUAUGGUCAAGCGGUACCACCAGGGUAUACAUAUGGCCAGCCACCACAGGGACAGCCGAUACCGCCAGGGUACACGUAUGGCCAGCCACCACAAGGGCAACCGGCACCGCCAGGGUACACGUAUGGCCACCCACCACAAGGGCAACCGGCACCGCCAGGGUACACGUAUGGCCAGCCACCACAGGGAUACGCAUAUGGUCCGUAG